AUGUCCGUCAAACGGGUUGCCGCCUCUUCGCUCAAUUGGGCCAAGAUUGGCGAGAAGCUCACGGCCUCCCACGCCGCCGAUUUGACCCGGCUGAAGGGCCAGAAUUCCACCUUCACGGCCCAGGUCGAUCAGCUGCCCGCUGACCUGCCUAAGAUUGACUUCGCUGCGCUGAAGAAGACUCUGCCCGCGCAUGCGGCCACCAUCGAUGCUCUUCAGAAGCAGUACGAGGCUAUCAAGAUCCCCUACGGCGAGGUUCCCAAGCAACACCUGGAGGAGAUCAAGCAGUGGGAGGAGUUCAACAACGCCCGCAUCAAGCUUCACCAGCUGAAGGUUGCUGAUGGAAUCGAGCAGGCCAAGAAGGUUGAGGCCAAGUGGGCAGCUGCUCCCCCGGUUGAGCACUUCGAUCGUCAGCACUUUUCCGAGUAUUUCCCGCAGCACUUCUACGAUCUUCGUUAUCAGGAGCGCAUCCCUGACCCGUGCGGCAUUGGCCUCAACGAGACUGACGCCUUCGAGAAGCGCUUCUCCGACUACAAGGUUCUCCGACGCCCCGACAAGGUCGACGACCAC